CUCCUCCCCGAGGACAUGGACUGGAGUCAAGUCCAGGAGCAUUCCCGCCAUGCUCCGAAGCAGGAAUCUGUACUUCACUCGCCCGGCGCUUACGACUCCAAAUCAUCCGUCGCUGGCGCGCCGUCAACUAAGAAGAAAACCUCUGUGUCCUCUAGAACGGAAUCAUCAACGACUAUCAAAACUGGGAGCUCUGACCCUGAUAUCAGUCAAGUGUUGAUGAGGCCCUAUAGAACGUUUGUUGAUGUCCAGGAGAUGCUGGAUGCAAAGGAGCAGAUGUUCAAGAACCAAGACAAAGCUGUCUUUGAAUUGUUCGGUCGAGUCGUCUACUCCAGCCGCGAGAAUUUCCAGAAGAAGCAAUAUUUUCAAUUCCGAAGCCUCCUCAAAGAACAACCACCAUACAUCAACGGAACUCUUAUCCAUUGGGAGGUAGGGAGUCCCCGGGAUAUCGCCGCCCAGGACUUCUUGAAGAAACGGCCCUCACACGCCAAAUGCUUUUGUCGAUGCAAGCUGAAGCAAGACCCCCGUGCCAAGACUGGCUGGGUUGUCAUCGUGCUUGAGAUUCGACAGUCCGGCUGGAAGGAGAUCCAAAAGGUGAUGGACACACUCGGGAGAAAGGAUCUGGACCAGCCAAGCUCGUCUGGUAACUAG